AUGAACUCCCUCCGUAUUGCUCGCUCGGCUCUGCGAGCGCGUCCUGCAGCUAUUAAGGCCCCUCUUCUCCGCAGAGGAUACGCCGAAGUUGUUUCGGAUAAGGUCGGUAUUUCUGAACAGAUUUUGCGAAUCUUGCUAACUCGCCCUCAGAUCAAGUUGAGCUUGGCUCUCCCUCACCAGUCGGUCUACAAAUCGCAGGAUGUUGUUCAAGUCAACAUCCCCGCAGAAUCCGGCGAGAUGGGUGUCUUGGCAAACCAUGUUCCUUCAAUUGAGCAGCUGAAGCCAGGCCUCGUUGAGGUCAUUGAGGAGAGUGGUGGAAGCAAACAGUUCUUCCUCUCUGGGGGAUUUGCUAUCGUGCAACCAAACUCGGAAUUGAGCAUCAACGCCGUUGAGGGAUUUCCAUUGGAAGAUUUCAGCAUAGAGUCAGUUCGAUCACAAAUCUCAGAGGCGCAAAAGAUUGCCGGUGGAAGUGGUAGUGAACAGGACAUUGCCGAAGCAAAGAUUGAGCUCGAGGUUCUGGAGAGCCUGCAAGCUGUUUUGAAGUAG